CGUACUUCAUGGGUAUUCAUCAGAGGUUAGAGUUCACAUUUCCAACCCAAUAGGUUGGAGGUCAUGCAAAUGGCGGAAUGAUGUCGAUCCUUAGGAGUAUGUUGCUGUAUUCUGUGCUUAUUUUACUUGUAACUGGCACGCCAGUUUUUUCCAGCCAGAAUGCAACUGAAGUUAGGUACAGAUGUGCCUGCGACCCACCUGCUUGUGGGCCUAACCAGAAUGAUAAAUAUUGUUUCACUGAAGGAAAGUGCUAUGUCCACAAGAGCACCAACAUCAAUGGGGGUCUGGAGGUGGAGAAGAACUGUUUUGGCACAGUGGAGUCUUCCAACAUGAACUGCAACUCCAAUGCUGAUGCUGGCUUCUUCAAGUGUUGUGAGGGGGACUUGUGCAACCUCAACUUGGCUGUGGAGCCUCUACCAGCUACAGCCGUGGAAGAUGAUGAGAUGAGCUUCACUGUGAAGGUGGUCAUCGUAGUGUCGGCCGUCCUGACCAUGUUUAUCAUCUCCCCCAUCAUAUUCUUGAUUGUAAGAAAAGUUUACCACAAGCGCAGGGCAGAUGGCCUGCUGCCCAAUGCUGAGGCCAGGUUGUUGGAGGAUGAUAGCAUGUACAAAGGUUUCCAAGAUGGCUUGAAACAGGACCAGUGGUCAACAGGAAGUGGUUCUGGUCAGCCUAUAUUAGUGCGCAGGACAGUUGGUAAACAAGUGACUCUCAUAGAGAAAAUAGGCAAAGGUAGAUUUGGUGAAGUCUGGCGCGGCAAGUGGCUGGAUGAGGACGUGGCGGUCAAGACUUUCUCCUCCAUUGAUGAGACCAGCUGGAACCACGAGACAGAGAUCUACAACACCGGCAUGUUGCGCCAUGAGAACAUCCUAGGCUACUACGCCUCGGACACUGUGGGCAUCUUGUCCUGUACGCAGAACUGGCUGAUUGUACACUACCACCAUAAUGGUUCUUUAUACGAUUACUUGCAGCGCAGUGAUAUUGACAUGGAGGAGAUGCUGACCCUGGCCCACUCAGCUGCUGCAGGUCUGGCUCACCUUCACAAUGAGAUCAAGGAGGGAACAGGGAAACAUGAGAAACCUGCCAUAGCACACAGGGACAUCAAGUCAAAAAAUAUUCUUGUCAAAGACAAUGGCCAGUGUUGUCUAGGAGACCUGGGGCAUGCUGUUAGGAGUGACAGCUUAGAGUCUGACAUAGACCCCAGUAAACUGCGUGUGGGUACCAAACGUUACAUGGCACCUGAGGUACUAACAGAGACACUAAAUCCUGCAUUUUUUGAGUCCUUCAAGUGUGCAGAUGUUUAUUCUUUUGGUCUGGUCUUAUGGGAGAUAUCAAGAAGAGCAAGACCAUUUGCAGAAGAGUACAGAGUCCCCUACUGGGAUGUGGUACCAGCUGACCCAGGGUUCCCUGACAUGAUACAGGUGGUCACUGUAGAGCAGCACCGGCCACCCAUACCCAACAAGUGGUCUAAAGAACCUUUGAUGUGUGAGAUGGCCAAAAUCAUCAGCGAGUGCUGGGCACACAACCCCAAAUCACGGCUGACCAUCCUGAGAGUGAAGAAAAACCUGUUCAACAUGCUCAAGCUGACCACUGGGGACCGGGCGGAGAAGACAGAGAAACUCAUGCCCAAGAUAGUGGACAGCAGCAGUGGCAGCAGCUCUGGUAACAGCUCUGGCAACUACAGCGCCAGGUCCUAGGGGGAGGAGGGGAGGUAACUUGUUGACUUGUGAAUGUUUUACCUGGAUAACUCAACCAGCCCAGUACUGAAUCAGCUUGACAAGUGCAGUCCUUUGAGGAGAUUGCAAGCAAAUGAGUGCAGGACAGUGAAAGGAGUACUGAACAGUGAAAAAUUGUACAGUGAAAAGAAUACAGAAUAUUAAAACUAGAAGAUGUUGUGAAUGGAAUGAGUACAAUUCACUUCAGUACACAAAUAUUUUAAGAGCAAGUACAAUAAAACAAUCAGGUUUUUUAAAACAGCUCAGUGCAGUGGAAAAUUGUACACUAUGGUGUACAUAAUAGUGAAAUGUGUGCAGUAUGCUAAAAGGUGUGCUGUAUACUGAAAGGUGUGCAGAUAAGUAAAAAUGUGCACUAUUUUGAGGACACUAAAGUACAUUGAGCAUCAUCGUCAUGCAGCAACUGGGCUUCUGUUCUUUCAGACCUUCUGGCCAACCAGCAAUCAAAAAAUGGAUCUACUGUGAUAGGCAAUGUUUUCUUGAAUCAACAGACAAUUUGAGCUUAUCUUGGAGGGCGAACUAGCUUUGACAAAACGCAAUCUAUUUUUGUUGGUGGAAACUCAUUUGAUACUGGUUUAUUAUAUAAUGUUAUGUAUUUAUCAUGAAUGUUCAUUUCUGUAGUUUGGUUUCUUCCAUUCAAAUGAUUGUAAAUUUAUUACUUUUCUUUCUUUUAUUAAAUGGGUCAAUCAUGUAUAAUAGAUUUUAAGUGUGCUUAGUUGUUUUUCUUUUUAUAAUAAAAUUCAUCCAGCUGUUAAAGCAAAUAAUUUUUAAAAUGUUUUUGUUAAUUGUAAAAAAAUUAAGAAAUUUAGAAUUGAACCAUGUAAAAUUUUGAUACGUAAAAACAAUCCAAGCCUACUUGCUAAAUCUAACUAUACUUAGCCUUUGGGACAAUUCUAAAGUUUUAUUUAAUUUGUUAUUAAUUAUACAACUAAAUUAUUUGAAACGUAAUUUUUUUUAGUUAAUUGUGUCAAUUUUGUAGUUAUAUCUAGGUAAGGAGUUAAUGUAUUAAUGGUGUAGAAAGAAGAAGAGCUAAUUACUAGUGUUGUUUGGUGUUUACAAUAUUUAUGAAGCACCAGAUCUUAAAAAAAAAGUAGAACACACAUUUUUUAUGAUGGAAGCCAGAUUUUUAUGAAUGUGAAAGCCUGAUUAAGUAUGAUAUGCCAGAUUUUAUCUGAACAAGCUAAGAAGUAAAAUUCCAGUAGGAAAUGUGUGAAUGCUGUAUCAAACGUUUGUGGAAGACUGAAAGCUAUAUCAAAAUUCUGAAAUCAACCAUAUCAACUGAAAUUUGUUUGUUUAGCCCAGUUGUAAAUGUAAAUACUCUUACAAACAUAGCAAUAAUGCUUCCUUAAAACUGAGCCCAAGUACAAAUUUAAUUUGUAUUUUCUCAUCUUUUGGUAUUAGCAUUAUACACUGCUAUCUAAGGAUUUGAAUUUCAUAUUAGUUAAUUUUUUGACCAUGAAAUCGAUUGUUUUAAAUUAAUUGCUUUCAGUUUAAAAGCUUCCAUUAUCCAUGCAGGUUUUUAAAGAAAGAAAUCUUUAAAAACUAAAACAUGUUUAGUAAACAACAGUGUAAUUGUUAAUUUUUUGUGUCACAUUUAUCUAACAUUCCCUGAAAAUGAAAUAGAAGUGAGUUUUUUCUUUCUUUUUUUUUUUCAGAACUUACAUUUUAAUUUUUAUACUAUAAAUUAAUAAAUAUAACGAAACGAGUGCAUUACUUAAAAAUUACUUAAACUUUUUUUAAUUUUUUGAAAAUUUUUUAAAAGUGAAUUUUAGAUAACAAUUUAUUAAUAGUUUUCAUAAUUUAUUUAUGUUAAAAUAUUUUGUUAUAUUCAUAUGAUAAAAUAUUCUGUUCUAUACAUGAUAAGUCUUCCUAUUGUUGAAGUGGUGAAGAACUAGAAGGGGUUUUUUUGUGUUGGGAUUUGCCAACUGGCAGCACUGUAUGUAUAUGAGCCAAGAAUAAAUUGUCCAUUUCCCUAAUGUUUUAAAACAACAAAUGAAAAGGCAUUAAAAAUAUUUUGGUAGUUAUUUGAAAUGUCAGCAGAAUUUACAAGAGCAGUGGUUCUUGAACCUGGGGUCGAUCAAACCCCAGGGAUUUGGCAAAGGUCAAGCUACACACCCAACAAUAAGAUUUCAUUCAGUUCAGACUGCAAACUAUUAAAAAGGGUUUGUUAAUGCACAUAUGAAACAUGCAGGAUUAUUACCUCCAAAAAGGUUAAGAAGGGCUGUAUUAGAGGCUAUUUUCUUGCUAGUAGCUUUAUCAUGUUAUCUUUGACCUAUACUUAACCCUAAUGCUAACCGUGAUUUUAACAGCAAUACAGACAAGAAAACAUCUGUACAAUACGGUUGUGUCCUGCUGUCAAUUUUUUAUAAGAACCAAAAUAUUUUAUUGCAAAUUUCAUUUACUUACCAAUGGCAUUGUCCAUUGUAUUAAUUAAUCUUUUCUUUGUGAACUGUGAUGUGAAGUUGUGAGGUAGUUGUAUUGAUUGUUUGUGGAAGUUAUUUAAAAAUGCUUUGUAAAUAAUGUAAUAAGUUAUUAUAUGAAAAACACAAAUUAUAUGAAUGGUAUAAUUGUUGAGAAAAUGUUCCAUUGUAUGAAGUGAAUUUAAAUAAAAUAUUUGUUCUAGUUUUUGUCUAGCCAAAAUUAUUUUUUACUGUAAAUACUGUUACAUUUCUGUUUUUUUUAAACUUACUUUCCCUUAUUUUUUGUAAACAUUUUUAUUUAUUGUAUUUCAAAUCAUGAAAUUCCCUGAAUAGGGGCUAGGUAGGCAAUGUUGUUUAAAAAAAAUGACAACCUUUCAUUAUUACUCUUGCAACAACUUUUACAGUAAAGCACAACAACUAACAAGAGUUAAAUACAUUGUUAAAUAACUUUAGCUUGUUGCAUUAUUCCUAGGGAAUAUUUAAAAUCAAAUGAGGUUAGUGAAUUUUUCUGCUAAAAUAAUAAGAAUCUCUUAUAUUGUGGGGUGUUUUAUUUUCACCCAUAACAAAUAACUGUCCUUGUGAGUGAGUAAUAGUUUUACAGUCAUGUCUUAUUUUUAUUUCAUGAAGUGCUCAUCCAUACAAUGCAUUUUGUCAUGUUUCUAUAUUUUUUUCUCUAUUUUGGUUUUGCUAUACAUUAUAAUUGUCAUUAUCCUCAUGGUUUAUUUACCUUGCCAUUAUUAUUUUCAUUGUAAUGUAAUUAAGGUCUAGAAAAUAUUAUCACAUUAUCAUUGUCAGUAUUUGACACAUGUUCAGUCUUUUAUUUAUUUUUAUAAACAUAUUUGUCAAGUUUAAAAGGUGAAUAAUUUUAAAUAGCAUUGUGUCAAUGAAAAUAAACUUGUCUCAUACAGA